UGGCUCACUCCCCCUUGAUGUGAGCUUAAUGUCAGUCCACUUCCUUCUCAUAGCGGAGACCAGGACCUUAUAGCGAGCACGCCUGCACACACACACACACACACACACACGCGUGCACACACACGCAGACGCACUGAGCGCACUAAACUCCUCUCACCUUCCAUCACACGGGAUGGCGAGGCGACCGAGACACAGUGUUUACAGCAGUGACGAGGAUGAUGACGAUGUGGAGAUUUAUGAUCAUGACUAUGAUGCACCGUUAGCCAAAACAGGAAAACGUCACCUUGGCAAAACACGAUGGACGCGCGAAGAGGAUGAGAAGUUAAAAAGAUUGGUGGAACAUCAUGGCUCAGAGGAUUGGAAAGUCAUCGCCAGCUUUUUGCCUAACCGCACAGAUGUCCAGUGUCAGCACCGCUGGCAGAAAGUUCUCAACCCAGAGCUCAUUAAAGGACCCUGGACCAAAGAAGAAGACCAGAGGGUGAUUGAGCUGGUGCAGAAGUACGGGCCAAAGCGCUGGUCAGUGAUAGCGAAGCACUUAAAGGGGCGUAUUGGCAAGCAGUGUCGCGAACGCUGGCAUAAUCACUUAAACCCAGAGGUGAAGAAGACAUCCUGGACGGAGGAGGAAGAUCGCAUUAUCUACCAGGCGCACGAGAAACUCGGCAACCGCUGGGCCGAGAUCGCUAAACUGCUCCCGGGCAGGACCGACAACGCCAUCAAGAACCACUGGAACUCUACAAUGCGCCGCAAAGUGGAACAAGAAGGCUAUCUGCAGCACACGUCCAAAGUCAGCUCAUCACCUAUAAACAGUAGCUACACGAAGCCGUCCCACUUGCUCAACUACAGCCACACUCCAACCAGCAGCUCGAUGCCAGCUAGCCCAAUCACUAACCAGUACCCUUACUACAUCUCCGACCCACAACGAGUGCCGUUUCCAUUGGCGUUGCAGCUGAACAUCUUUAACAUCCCUCAACACGGCACUGCAGCUAUACAGAAACACUAUAACGAGGAAGAUCCUGAGAAAGAGAAGAGAGUAAAGGAGAUUGAGAUGCUUCUGAUGUCGACAGAGAAUGAGCUAAAAGGACAACAAGCACUACCCAUCUCCAUGGCCAGUUACACAUGGGGUCGCGGCCCUUUGACUGACACCUCAUUAGGCGUGGCUGUCUCCGUCCCAGCCCCACCCUUGGAGCAAGGCUGCCUUCCGGAGGAGAGCGCCCACGGCAACACGAACAGCCCAAACAGUAGCAGCGGCACGAACGGUGGCAGCAGCGGCAGCAACGCAGGCAACAGCGGAGUCCUCGCGGCCCUGCCAGAGUUCAUGGACGCCAUCGACUCUUUCUUAAACGCUUCCGUGAGUCCAGACUCGGACAGUCAGAGCCUACCCGUCUCACCCUCAGGCGUGUGCUCCCAGAAGCCACUGCAGCCCGACCUUGCUCUGCACCACCAGAAGGAGAAUGAGAUGUUCAGGACCCCGACUCUAAGGCGCUCCAUCCUGGAGUGUUCUCCCCGCACUCCUACUCCAUUUAAAACAGCACUGACCAUGCAAGACAACAAAUAUGGACCGCUAAAGAGGGCUCACAGCCCUCCUGUAGACGCAGUAGUUGGGGUAAUUAAGCAGGAGCCUCAGGAAUGUGAAGUGAGCGCUGGAGGAGCACAUCACGACCAGCCUCCGCUGAAGAAGAUCAAACAAGAGGUCGAGCCAACAUGUCUGCAGUGGGAAGGCCAGAAUCUUCAUGCUCAACUUUUUGCUUCAGGUGGCCCCACCCACAACGUGCCGGAUCUGUUGACGAGCUCCUUGCUGAUGCUGCCUGGACCAGAGAAGAGCGAGGACGGACAUAAAGCUGCUCAGAUGCCCUGCAGAACUCUGGGUAGCCCAGUGCAGCACAUGGGCACAUGGGAACAGGUGCUUUGUGGGAAGACCGAGGACCAGCUUCUGCCCUCUGAGCCGACACACAAAUACCUCAACAACUUCUGCUCCCGCACGCUGGUCAUGUAGGAGACACGGGGAGUGUCCAGGAGCGAGGUCGAGACACAGUAGACAAUCAUCCUGCAAUAAUGGAAAGAGAAAACACUUCAUGGCCGAUCCUAAGGCGGGGUCGAGUCAUUGUGGUACGUGAUUUGGGAGAGGCGUAGAGCCAUUCUAUUAGACUGCGCAGCCAUCAAUUAAGCUGUGCUUUCUUUUCCUGUUGGAUGUCAGCCAACCAAAGAAAAUGAAACUCGUUUUAUUUGUUUGUUUGUUUUGUUUUUCUACUUUUUUCUAUUUUGUUUGUGGCCUUUUUUUAUUUUUUUAAUAAUGUUGUAUUAUAUAUUUUGUAUUAUACAUGGGGAAAUGAACUGUCUAUGAGGGCUCUAAUUGUAUGGAAUUUAAUAUAAAUAACAAUUUGUAAUAAUUUAUUAUUUUGUAUUAAGAAUAAUUAACUUUGACAGGCGCAUUUGUCAGUGUUGGACCCCAGUAUUCGUGCAUCCUGUUAAUUUCUAAUCUAUUAUGCGUUAACAGUAAGGAGCGUGUUUCCUUCGAGCAUUACCAUGAUUUACACCCUGUAGCCCAGCAGUGCUGCCUCAGAAAUGACACAGAAAGAUGUUUAAAAGCUGCACCAGACAAGAUGCAUUUAAUAACCAAAGCACUGAUUAGAGUACAAGUGCCUAAUAGUUCACAUUGCCAAGUUCAAAAAUAAUGCGUGUCCUUAGAAAGACACUCAUCAUUUCACUAGUGUUACCAUUUCAAAAAAAACAAAACAAAAAAAAAUGUGCAGGAUUGAAAUUAAGAUCCUGUUAGCACUAUAUUUAAACUUGAUAUCAACAAAGCAAGAUUUCAAUUGAACAAAAAUAAAAGUGUUGAUUUUUCUUUUGAUUUACAACCAAGCUAAAAACAAAACAAAUACGUUUACCAAGCAAGCUUUCAUAUCAAAAGCCUCAGUGACACAAAAAGAGCUUUUGAUCUGAUGGGACAUUUCUUUUACAUUACAUUUAAUUUUCAUAACACUUUUUUUAUACUCCAGUGUGUCAAUGGUAUUGCUAAUUUUACAAACACUGAAAUUCUUUCUAAACAUUUUUAAACAUUUUUUUAUUUUAUACCUGUGCCAUUUGUUUGUGAUGUUUUAUAUGCUUUUGAUACAAAGAAUAUUGUGGCCAAUCAAAAACAUUUAGCAGUAACGUUUUUGUUAUUUGCUGCCUUUUAUUGUAUAUGGAAAGUACAAACACUUUUUUUUAUAUGCAUCAAACAUUUUCUACACGUUUUUUGAUAUGACCUUUUUUCUAAACUGCCAUGUGAAUAAAGUGUG